UUUGGACAUGCAGGUGCUAGUGUGAGGCAGAGGAUGAGACAAUUUGGGGGUUUAGGACGAAGGCUUUGUCGAAAACCGCCAAAAUUAUGACCGACUGACGGGAAUUUGAACCACGAUGGUGCGAAGUCGCACCCCUUCCCAGGGGGGUGGCUCGCAAGGUUUCGAAAUGGAACGGAAGUAUUCAGUGCCUUCCAAUCCAGAUUCGAGGGUGUUUUCCGGUACCACCAGUGAGGAUCUCCACGCUUGGUCCAUAUACAGGCAAAAUCUGAACUCCGACUUCACUGACAGCGCUUUGGGUUCAACCGACAAGAGUCCUUUACCGUACGGAAAUUUUCAACUAAGGGAUACAACUGUGCAGUCGAUUUUGACCCAUCCCAGAUAUGGACCAAAAUCAGCUCUUGGCUCCAACAUGUACACUUAUUUGAAAUUCGGACUUCCUCGCGUUUUCCCUCCAAACCAUAACGGCUCCAAUCGGUCAGGAACCCCUCAACAUUUCCACAGAAACGCUUCCACAAGACCGCAUACAAGAGGUAUUAAAAGCGGAAGCCGCGGCCCCAGAGACGGCAGUUCCGGCUACGACAGUUCGGACAACGAAACAACAAACCAAUAUAAGCAAAACAGGAAGUACCGUUCGGAUCCAGACUUCCGGAUGCAGAAUGCCCAUCCGUCGUACCAAGGGGGAAGUCCACCAGGAAUUCCACUGGCAGCGAUGCAACAAGGUGGAAUCCGCUCGUCCACCCAACAAUGGAACCGAAAUAAAAGCAUAUCAGAGGCUAAUUUACUGGCGACGGAAUACGCAAGGGGGUACCACAUACCGACGCACCCCCACAUGAGAGACCCGAGACGAAACAGCGUGGCGGAGUUCGGCCACCACCACGACUUGAUGGACCACAGCCACAUGGUACGACCCGUUUCCAAAGCUGAAAGCCAUUUAUCAGUACCGACUUCCAGAAGGGGUCCUUCGGUAAUCAGAACUGACUAUUUAAGUCAAGACGAAGACCCGGGUACUUCAUUCAUCUACCCGCACCUACAGGUUGGCGGCGUUGGCGUUUGGCCCAAAUCCUCCUCCUGCUUCUCCUCCAAACAACACCUCCUCCUCAACGACGUCUCGUUCGAGAUCCGCGGCGGCGAAAUCAUGGCCAUUAUGGCAACGUCCGAAGAAGAAGGCACAGCUCUGCUCGACUUGGUGGCCGGAACCGCCUCCCCCGUCGUCGGUGACAUCAUUCUAAACGGACAAAACGUGAAAUCGAACGCUUUGCGUUCUCGUGUGGCGUACGUGCAAAGUGACCCUCAUUUGUGUAAAGACAUGACAGUGAUACAAACCUUGCGGUUCCACUAUGAUCUCAAGAAACCCACCGAUAAGUUAGGAUACUUGAAAAUCGAUGCCAUGGAUAGGAUUAAUGUGUUAAUCGAGGAUUUGGGUUUAGAGCAAGUGAGGAACACGAAAGUGGCGGCGAUGACGAUUUCAGAACGACGAAGACUGAAUGUGGCUUGUCAUUUACUGCUCGAUACGGAUAUGGUGGUGCUGGAUCAACCCACUAGAGGGAUGGAUAUCUUCGAUACGUUCUUUCUGGUUGAGUAUUUGAGGCAGUGGGCGAAUGGGGGUGCGGGGAAUGCGUUGGGUAGGAUUGUGAUCUUGACGCUGCAUCCUCCGACGUACGAAAUUUUUACGAUGUUGUCAAGGAUUUUGCUUAUUUCGGCCGGAAGGACCAUGUUUAGUGGAAGGAGGCGGGAUAUGUUGCCAUAUUUUGCUUUGGUGGAUUAUCCGUGCCCUUCGUUCAAAAACCCGUCAGAUUAUUAUCUUGAUUUGGUAACACUUGAUGAUCUGUCGGCGGAAGCUAUGCUUGAAUCGUCACAAAGGAUAGAACAACUGGCUGAAGUGUUUAGACAGAAGCAAGAACCGAUGAGUGAUCCAGGACCACCGUCAACCCUUCCGAUGACUGUUAGAACGUCGAAUUGUUUCGUGCAAGGGUUUGUAUUGUUUACAAAAUCUAUGAUCUACACCCAACCAGCUACUUUUAUCACUUGGUUGACCCUUAUAGUCAUCGCAGCCAGUCUUUCUCUCAUCAUAGGUGCAAUAUUCUGGGAUGUCCCCAACAGCGACCCUCAACUCAACCUAAAUGAUCGAAUCGGGUACCACUAUAGUGUGAUGUGCGUCAUGUCUUGGCCACUCCUUCUCCUUCUAACACUUUCGGAAGUGCAAAGAAACAAAAACACGGUGGAUAGAGACAUCAAAGAUGGCCUGUACACCAGACUGACUUACAUUACAUUAAAAAGCAUCAUCAAUCUCCCUCCUUCUCUCUUCAUCUGGUUAAUUUAUCUAGUGCCAAGCUACUCCAUGUCGGGUCUCUACAUGCAAAGUCUCAACGACUACCAAGGCUUCUACAUCUACAUCGGCAUCAUGCUCCUCUACCUAAUCUCCCUCCAGCAAUUCCUCCUAGCCUUCACCUACUUGAUCCCGCUUCGCGAUACCGCGGCUACCAUUUCCUCCAUUUUCCUGACCGCCUUCUUUGUCUCUUCCGGUUACUUAAUCCAUUUCCGGGAUCUACCUAAUUACCUGAAAUGGUUGGAGUACCUCAGUCCCACCACUUGGACCAUGCCAUAUCUGCUAAGUCGCGAACUAUCUCCAGAGGCUAUCUCCAGUAGUUCCGCUUUAAUGUACUGUAGAAACAAACAAGUGCAACAUCAAGACAUUAUAGUGCAGUUACCGUGUCCGACAGGAAAUGGUACCCAAGUUUUGGCGAACUACGGAUACGUGACGUCACACUUGCAAUUCCACAACUAUGGAAAUACUCCGGUAGCUUUAGCCGUUUUUUAUUUGAUUUUCUUCGUUGUUGCGUGCUUGGCUUUCUUGUGUUGUCGGCGGACGAGGCCGAAGAGAAAAGCGAGAACUGAUGCGAAUAAACCGUGACUUCGAUGAGUGGGAGGAGCUUUUAUUGUUAUUUAUGUAUUUAGUACCUUAUCUAGGUUUAUAUGAACUACGUGCGAAAAUAAACGUCUUUUCUAUAUAA